UGUGAAGAGUCGACUCAGAGUUGAAGGGGUGAAUUUUGUCCCGGUUGAUCCAGCGAUUUUAACGGGUGCCUCGUUACAACAACACGGAGCGCUUUGUGUGUUAGUCUGUACUGCAGGAUCAGUCAAGAUGCAGAUCAUCUGCUAUUAGAAACCGGUGUUUAUAACGAUCCGUUUAUCAGCACGCGCCCAUCAGGAGAAUCUAAAGCGUUAAUGUAGCCGGUGAUGAAGCAGCGGAUAAUGACGCAGCGUCCGGAGCUCACAGCACGAGCAGGACGCUGAAUACCGCGGGGGGUAACUGGAUUCAUCCUCACAGGGUAAGAGCAGGGGAUAAAACACGUCGGUGUGAGUGUCACCAUGACCGUUAAUAACGGGUUUCAGACAAAAGGCGCACACGCUGGGACGUUGGGCGGUAAUGAUGCACGAUGUUUUCUUUCUGUCGAGAUGACCUCUUCAGCUUUUUCUAUCACACUCCUCACUCCCAGCGACCUCGAGUCGGGAUCGGGCGUGUAAAUUAAACUUUUCUCCAGCAUCUUCAAGCCUUGAUCUUUUCCCCCCCUCAUCCCACUUUCCAGAGACAAUGGACAGUCCUCCGAAGCUGGCCGGAGAGACGCUGAUUGUUCAUCACAUACCUCUAAUGCACUGCCAGGUUUCUGGUUCACACCAGCGCUGCGGAAGCCCACUGAGGAAAAGCAACAACCCGUUCAGCUGCCCAGAAAACCUCGGCUUGAUCCGCACCACUUCGCUUCCCGAGCGAGACGUCCUCCAGCGUGAGGCGCUGGUGUACAGCAGCCUGAUCCAGACCUCCAGCUCCAGCGAUGCUUUUGAAGACGAAGGGAUGAUAAGAGGAGAGAAAAAAGGAGUGAGGGGUGGCAGCAUGGCCAGUGAUACUUCCUCUUUCACAUCCAGCAAUUCCGAGGAUGCAUUUCCUAAAGUCCUGUCAAAGCAGGUGCACAACAGGCCAAGCUCACUCAGACACAAUCCCUUCCUUCUGAAUGCGGGGGGAGUUGAUUAUGAAGAUGAUGAAGAUGACGAUGACGAUGAUGGAAACAAUCUGAAUGGAUAUUUGGAGGAUUCUUCCUUUCACCUACAUGGAAACUCAAACACAGCCUUAGACGACAGAGUGGACUUAGCCUCGUUCCAUCUGCAUGAGCUGGGCUACAAUUCUGGACCGUUCCACCUGCAUGAAUCUUUAGAGAAGCCCUGGAGUUCUGACCAGAAGGGGGCUUCUGGUCGCCAUUUUUCUGCCCGUCUUGAGAGUCUUGAUCUUUUGGGAUUCGACAUUCAGCAUCGUCAUGGCAGCAGCGGGUCAACCUUGUCGAUGGACUGUGGAGAGCAAGAAUGGGAUGACGAUGAUGAUGAUCAUUCCAUGCAAGGCAGACGGGGCAGUUCGGAAUGUUGUGGAUGCUCCAGGACUUAUCCCGAAUCGUUUGCAGAUUUUGCUCACGGUUACUGCAGUGAUUCAUCCUGCAACAGCUCUGACGGCGUCCUGGUCAAUUUCAGUACCAUCUACAAGACAAACAACAUCGUCCCUGACAAGCCAAUUAACCUCAACAACUCUGCCGAUCAGUCCUGCACCUCUUCUGUAUCUGAGCCAGUCUGUAUGGGCGGGGCUGAAUAUGGGAGCGGGGGUGGAGCUUUUUACUUGGACUUGCACAGAUCUCCAACAGAAGCUCCUCAGGAAGCCCCUGGCAUCCUAUCUUCCUCUUCUUGCCUAUGUUCUUCCCAGCCACAGGAUGGCACAGUGGAGCUUGAUGCUAACUGCAAUUCCUAUCACAAUCAUGAAGGUCUGUUACCCUCAGAGACCUCGGCCAGUGACCUCACGUCCUGUAUGCAGAGCCAGGCACGGCUGGUUGUUGCAACACAGAACUACUACAAGCUGGUAACCUGUGAUGUUUCAUCACAUUCCUCUCCAAGUCCUGCAGGAUCUUCGGUCACAAGCUGCUCUGAUGAACACAGCAAAGGAAGUCCCACCCAGCCCACUGAGUACUUCCUGUUUAGGCACACUAAAGAGCAAGAAGAGGAGGAAGAGCAAGCAGAAAAUGCACAGGUCAGCACACAAAAGCCAUGUGAGAAGCAGACAGAGCCACCCAUGUGUGACACUGACUCCAUGCAUUCAAAUGUAAUUGAGGGACAAUUGUAUGUCAACAUCUCACCACCUGUGGGCGGAGCUAUAGUCGGGGCCCGCCUUCGUUCCCGUAGCUAUGACCGGAACCUGGACAAGACCCCACAGCCUCGUCUUGGCUCUCUGGAGCGCAUGCUAAGCUGUCCUGUGCGUCUCAGUGAGGGUUCCACCCCUGGACCGACCCCCCCACCACGUGUUACGUCCUUUGCUGAGAUUGCAAGGAACAAAAAGAAGAAUGGCGGAUCUCCUUCUCAGAAGAGCAGUGCCGAAACCUCUUCUGUUCACUCACACUCGUCUGGAGAGUUCUCCCCUAUUCUUGAAGAUCUGUCCUCACUGAUCAGCUCCACGCACUGGAGCACACCACCCAGAGUCUCUCCAGGGGGAGCAGGAAGAGAGACGAGGACCAAAGCAGAAGGUGGAUUGUCCAUUUCUGCUGACUCCUCCCCAACAGUAGUGCGCUACAGUAAAGAUCAGCGUCCCACCACGUUACCCAUCCAGCCUUUCACCCUGCAGCAGCAGUUUGGGAAACCUCAGGCAAAGCCUGUUCUGCCUCUGCUGGACGAGUACAUCAAUCACAUGCAGGCACGUCUCGGCUCCGCCCCUUCCGAGAGGGAGGAGGAGGACUCUGAUGAUGAUGGUCAGCGUCCCCGGCCAUCUCCUUUGGGUAGUUAUUCGCCGCCCCGUUCCCUCUCCUGCCCUGCCCCUCUUUCUCACACCCCUCCAGGGGUCACUCAAGCCACCAAGCCGGCCCCACUACCACCGACUCCUCCCCCUGCCACCAGGGGGCAUUGUUUCCACAGAGCUAACCGGAGUACAUUACCCACGCUGCCCAGCUCCGGCCUUAGUCCGAUGGCACAGCUGGAACCAGGGAGGCAGGAAGAGGAAGUGAAAGUACCUCCUGUGUGUAUGACACCAAGACCGCACAAUGCACAUCACCUCUCCCCACAGGCUCUGAAAUGGAGAGAAUACAGGCGUAAGAACCCUCUGGGUGUAGAGAAGAGAGAUGCAUAUUGUUCCUCUCCCUCUUCCUCGUCUCUGUCUGCUUCUGCUGCUUUGACUGCCAGGAGACGCACAGUGAGACGCAACGUCUUCGAUUUCCCUCCAUCUAAUCAUGCGCUGAACUUCAGCAGACUCAACGGUGCUGAAACUUAUCUCAUGAGCAUUAGGGGUCAUCUAAAGGGAUUACCUAAAGGGGUCAUCUCAGGACCUUUUUCACUUUCCUCAAAGAGACCAUUAAUAGCUCGUAAAGGAGGUCAGUCAUUAAGGUGUUACAGUGACCUGCUGCCAGAUUAUUUCUCUCAGACGGAGCGCCCCCCAGAGGAGUUCUGCCUCUCGCCUGAUGCCUCCACUGAAGAGUCCAUCUCCAUCGACCUGCAUCAGAAAAGAGGUCUGGUGAAGGCCAUAAACACAGCAGUGGAUCUGAUAGUGGCUCAUUUCGGCACCAGUCGGGAUGCAGGAGUAAAGGCAAAGUUGGGCAACAGCUCAGUGAGUCCCAACGUGGCUCACCUGAUCCUGAAGUACCUCUGUCCUGCUGUGUGUGACGUGCUACAAGAUGGCCUGCGAGCAUACACACUCGACAUCAUCAUCGGUCAGCGGCGUAAUCAACCGUGGAGCGUAGUGGAAGCCUCGACACAGCUCGGUCCCUCAACACGUGUACUACACAGCCUGUUCCUCAAAGUCAGUCAGUAUUCAGAGCUGACCAAUCACAGCAUGAGACUUAACGCCUUCAUCAUAGGACUCUUAAACUUGCAGUCUCUGGAGUUCUGGUUUAAUCAUAUAUACACACAUGAAGACAUCAUAGCGGCCCACUACCACCCAUGGGGUUUCCUUCCCCUUUCUCAAGGGGCAUGUCAGCCAAUGUUUGAGGAGUUGAUGCUCCUACUUCAGCCUUUGUCACUCCUGCCUUUUGACCUCGACCUUCUGUUUGAACCUCAUCAGCUGCAAAAAGGCCAAGAGCACAUGAGGCACAAAGAACAGCUCUGUUCCACCCGACAGGGCCUCGACCAAUCAGCUCGCUCCACAUUCCAGCUCAUGAGGGGCCCCACAGCUCCUUUACUGAUAAAAGAGGAGGCAGGGUCUAAUCCAAAAGGGAUGGAGCUUCACAGAGGAAGGUUUAUGUUGAGACGUGAGGGAACCUGGCCUCGGAUGGAUGGGGCGGAAUCUAAAAAGCAAGUGCAGAGGGUGCGGAGGAGUGACCGGGCAGGCAGUGAAUCCGAGAGUGAAGGGAUGGUUUUGCACUCAGCUAGGAUGAAUGGAGUGGGCAAGGAGGAUGAAGAGAGGGAGAGGAGGAGGGAGCGAGAAAGAGAGAAAGAUGGAGAAAAAGACAGGGUAAGGAGCAAGCAGGCAGGCUGGUGGUUCCAGCUCAUGCAGAGUUCCCAGGUCUACAUCGAGAACUCUGCUGAGGGAUCCAAGUUCGUCAAGUGGGAGAGGCGCAAGAAAGGAAGUGGGGCUGAUGGGCGGAGACAAAUGAACCCACCCCCAAGAGUGGGCGUGGUUGAAGGAGCAGAGGCCCAUCAUGUGACAAAUGAAAACCCAGAAACCACAGUGUGCAGCGACACGUGUCGUAAUGCCAGCACCGGAACCUUCCCUCAGUCAAAACCAUCCAAAUUGAUUAAAGGGAAGUUAUCUUGGAUGGGAAGUCCACCAGAGUCUGUGCUGAGUGAGCUGAAGAGGACAAACGAGACACAGCCUGAGGGGGCAGAAGCUGAAAUGCAAACAGCGCAAAAUCUACGCUGGGGGCGACUGUUUGGAGCCGGUAACAUCAGUAAAACAGAGAAAACAGAACCCAAAUCAUCCAAGAACCCGAAAAGCAGGUUGCCGUCAGGUUGGCUGAGUCUGGACCGGGCUGUGUUGGACUUAGUGGUGCAAUCUGUUGGGAAAAGGGCGGAGCCUCAGUCACUAAACACACACAGUGAUGACACACAACACAGUCAGGCACAGCAGGACCAAACACAAGAGCUCAGCAUACAGACAACAGCUGCACGUGAGGUGAGGGCAUUGUGUCACCACAUCGCCACGGAAACAGGUCACCUGAGCUUCCAUAAGGGCGACGUGCUGCAGGUCCUCAGCAGAGCGGACUCUGAUUGGUUGCUGUGUGCCCUUGGCGACGAAACUGGCCUGGUGCCCAUUAUCUAUGUUACUUUAAACGAUGUGGAGGUUGAAGAUCCUCGAGGGCCACAGUGAACACACACACACACACACACACACACACACACAAAAAUACACACAGUCUGGGAUGUGCACCUUGUGCAUUUGGGAUGUGCAUUUGAUUCUGUGCUUGAGGAGUAAAUCUGAUAAAGGGACAGUUUAAACAAACAUAGCUAACGCUAAUAUUAAUCUUAAACAAAUAUGGGUAUCAUCAUAUUUAUUGCCUGCUGUAAGAUAACAUUUGCCAUGCAAGAGUAACACAAACAGAAAAAAGCCAAAUCAGUGUGUGUCAUGCAACUUAAAAAAAAAAAAAAACCAAGAAGAUCAUUCUAGGCGCUAAUGCUACCCUUUGUUAUUAGCUAUAUUAGCAUUGUCAAGACACAUGCAGACUUGUUGCUGAAACUAGUAGCCCUCCCUCUCUCUCUCUCUCUCUCUCUCUCUCUCUCUCUCUCUCUCUCUCUCUCUCUCUCUCUGAGAGCUUUAAAAUGGUGUUUCUGUGUGAUUUUUUAAUGCACAUUUAAGACAUGAUUAGCGUUUAGAAAAUUUUGCAACUGAACAAACUUGCAAAAAACUCGACCUUGACAUCACAGCCCGGUCUCAUAAACAUGUCUAACAGCGACAGUGUUGCUCUCUAUGCCUGUAGGACUGUUUGUUUUUAUAGAAACAUGUACCAUUUUGUGUCAAUUUAUGGUCUGACAUCAUGUCCGUGACCCAUCCAGAAGCAGUGCAGCUGUCAUAAGAGGUUAUAACUAGGGCCAGAGCGAUAUGAUUAUUAGGAUGAAAUGUGGCUGAUAUACUGUAAUCUGUUUCUGAAAGUUAAACAAGCAGCAGACAUGACAACUUGCUGAAUAGAACAGAGUAGUGUCUUUUACAAUUCAUAUUUAUAAACCUUUCUCCUGCGAGUGAUCAGCAUCCUCUGAGGACCAACAGCCUGUUUGUUGACUGCUCAAAACAAAAGUCCAGUUACUGUAGAUUCCUUCAGCUAAAUCCUAAAAAACUAAAGCAAAAUUUUAUAAAUCAAAAGGAUUUGCUAGAAACCAGAAGAAAUGAUGUUUAAUGUCUGUUUCAGUCCUCAGUUCAGUCUGCUGAUACACACGGAUUAAGGAGAUGCUGCUUUAUCCCUGUGUCCCGACAGCCUUAACGACUUCCUGCUCUGGUGCUAGUUAGAACAAUCACAUUUAUUCAACCUAAAGCUUAGCGCGCAGCCAUUUAGUGUCAUGUCACUGAGUGUUGGUGUAGUGACCAAAUGAUGGCGGCCCUGUUUGACGAGCAGAUCCUUCAUGAUGUCAUCUUUUUAAAAAAAAUGUUUUGUGUUGAUCUGUCACGGUUCUUUAGGUGACCUUUAGCUCCAGCAGUGAUGUCUCUCGGAGUUACAGUCGCUUAUUUAUUGCAUUAUUACAUUUAAUGCUUCAUUUUAUACAGCGAUAGCAGCUAACUAUCAAGCCACUAAGCUGUUUAUGUUUACUUCAGCAACAGCCUCAUAGGAAUGCUAGCUUUAGCAAUUAAACACAUUGUUGUUUGUUUUUUGUUUUUUUAAAAAGAAAGUUUAAACUGGUUUCCUGUAAUGUGGCAUUGAUGUGAGCAGUACAGUGAAGUGUGUGGGUGAUUUUAGAGACAUCAGGGUGGAACAGGAAACACUGCACCACCUGUAUUACUGAAUACACAUUAAGAUAAACACAAACACUUUUUCCUUUACACUAAGUAUCAACUUACUGCUGUUCUAACCAAUCAGAAGCCUUUCAGCAGGACUGAGUUACAGACACUCGAGUUACAGUACACGACUUCAUUCGCUCCACCAACAGACUGCUUCAUCUGCUGGAGGAGGGAAAGGAGAAAGCUGGCACUAGUAUUAGUCUUGGCAUUAACAUUAACUGCUUAACCAACACUAUGGGUUUGUUUAUUUUGAGUCAUUAUUUAUGAUGCAUUUUAGCCAGACAUGUGGCGAUAUUCAGCUGCAGGAGAUCACACACAUUCAGGACCAGAGAUGAAUCGGUCGUAAUAAGAGCGCCAGGGUCGAUCCGAAGAGGAGUAUCACUCUGAGUCCUAUAAUUCUUUUUACUGGACAACAGGAGCUGUGUUCAUAAGAGCAGUGUUCACACUCUGUACAGAAUUGAAUCAGAUCUGUUGUUUUUAAAUACUGAACAAAGUUACAUAACGGCACGUCUAUUCUUUUCCAGGGAUUUAUAAUGUCUUUGGACAUUUUCCAAGAAUGACAGACUUACUAAUAGGCAAGUGAAAGAAAAUCAUAGUACAUCUAAUGGAGUUUAACACAGAAAUGUAUUUAUUAUUAACUUGUACUGUUGUUCUCUCUGUAAUGCAUCACUGUAACUUCACUAGACCUAAACAUGAUGAAGGAACAGGGAACUCUGAGAUGAAGGGACAUUCUAACUGUGUUAAACAGGAAGUGUCAAUCAAUUAGCUAUUGUAUUGAGUAUUUAUGAAGUGGUUUAGGAAGAGUUUAGGGGAAAAGGCAGGUUUUGGUGUGUGUUAUGCAUGUGGCAGGAAUCUGAGGUGUACAGUAGGAUGGGGCCGUAAACAUAUCACAUCACCGUGCUACGGUCCAGGAUAUGAAUCACAGUGCAACAGACAAACUGAUCACUACUGAAAAAAGAAGAAUAAAAUGCCAUUUUAUUAUUUUAAAGCUUUAACAUUACAUUAGCUAAAACAAUAGAAUCUCCUCAGACUUUGUAUCCUAAUCACAGAUUAGACUGAUAUUGUGAAAAUGUAAAAUCACAACAUGACCACUGCUUUACAUCCUCUGUUCACUGUAGAUUUUUAUUUAAUUCUAAACUUGUCCUUUAAAAGGGAUUUACUGCUGUAGCUUUGGGAAAUGUGCCAUUAUUCUAACAGUCUGCCUUUUUAUUUAGUGUUAUAUUGCACAUUCAUUUAUUUAUUUCUUCACUUGCCUGAAAGUGAACCUGAGUCGUAAGAGAAUAAUGUUAUUACUGAAAAUUAUAUUGAUUUGUUUUUACAGAUUACAACAACAUCUUUGGUUGACCAUGUCACGUUAUAAAUUGAGUUGUUUUUUUGGUGUUUUUUUUUUUUAUAUCAUUUUAUAUUAUUUUCUAAUACAGAAAAUGCAUUUUAUUCAUGUAUUUAUUCAGUCACACCUGUAAAUAUGUGACAUUUUGGGAAGAAUAUGCUAAUGUUCUUUGAAAUUGUUAUUAACAAAAGUUACUUGAUGUAAUUAACAUGUAAUAACACGUCUAUUUCAAUAGGCUGUACAGAAUAUCACUGUCAUAUGGGCCGUUAGAGUAAGGAGUUUAGUUUUGCUCUGCAUUAUGUUUGUCACUUUCAAUCUUCUCUGUCACUUAAACACACUCAGAGAGGGAGAGAGAGAGGGAGAGAGAGAGGGAGAGAGAGAGGGAGAGAGAGAGAGAGAGAGAGAGAGGUUGAAACUAGACUAGUGCCUUUUUUUAUCACAGUAAAUGUAUUUGUAGGGACAGACACAAGCCUUGUGAUGGUACCAAAGCAGUAAAAUAUAAAAUCACAGUAAAUCAACCUUGAAAAAAGAUGUAAAUUGAAUACAUUUUCUGCAUUGUUUUGCUAAACUACUUAAAGUGACCAGGCCCAGGUCUGAAGAGUUUUGAGUCACUAAACCCAGAGUGUUUUUUUUAUCUAAAGCAACCUGGUCCUGCUAUUAGUGUGCAUUUACUGUUUGAAACAAAAACAUAUACUAACUCUACAAAGAUCCCAAUGCUACAUAUACCCAUAGAAAACAAAUUCCAGACAAAAAGCCAUAAAAAUGAGGAUAAAACCUGACAAUCCUGAUGAUGUCAGCUUGAGUCAACAGCAUAACCAUCAUUAGGUUCUACUGUCUCUGUGAUUUAUCAAUCUGAUUCAAACCUGUCUAAUGUUAGAGAGCUGAGGGCCGACCCUGAGCAGCCAGCUAAAGAUCUAGAGCCCAAACACAAAGAAUUGUACCAUUACAAUGGAUUGGACAAAUAGCUAAAGAUACAUUCAGAUAGAAUUUAGGAAGUUUCUCUGUAGUUCAGCUCAGGAGAUAUAAAUAAUCCUGGUGAAAGAACAAGAAUGUAAACGCAAGUGUUUUUGUAGCUCAGCAGAUCUGGGUUUGUGAGUGAGGUUUAUUUCUCUCUCUGUUUGGCUUGUUCUCUCUCUCAGCGCUGUUCCUCACAUGGGGUUAACCUGCUAGCAAGCUGUACAAUGAGGAAAGCACAUUUAACAUUAUUCACGUUGUUGAUGACUGUAAAGUGAAAUUCUCAAAAAUAAUAAAGAGCUGUUUUUUUUAAGUGUUGAUUGGUUAGACAACCAGUACCUUAUAAAGGCCUGAUGUAAGGAACGGGGCUCCCCCUUUCCCCUCAUCCUCCUGUAUGAUGUGUAUGACCUCACCAACCCUGUAUGAAGAUCAAUAACAAAGUGCUCAUGUGACCCACCUU